CACACAAUGUAAAGCAGCACUUCUUCAUAAUGCACAGACAUAUAGUGCAGAUCUAGAAGAAUAUCAACACUCAGAUCAGAGGAAGUUAAAACCACAGGAGGAGCUGAGAGUAUUUAAAGAAAGAGUUGAGAGCAAAUAAUGAAGAGAAAGAGAAAAUGUCUGAGUGUCAUCUGUGUCUGCUGGGACUGAUCGCUCUCUCUUCACUUCUCACAGGUAUCAGUGGAGAGGAUGAUGUUCAUGUGUUCAUCAGUUCUGGUGAAGAUGUCCGUCUGCCCUGUAAUAAUGCUCUUCAGGACUGCACAUCAACUACAUGGAUCUAUAACAGAUUCAGACAUUCAGCAGCAGUUGAACUGAUUCAUUUAGGGAUAAAGAAGAAAGACACAGAGAGACAUGAGAGACUGAGUCUGGAGUCUAACUGCUCUCUGAACAUCAGGAACAUCUCAACAGAAGAUUAUGGAUCUUACAUCUGCCAACAAUGGACUGGUGUGGGAGGACCACGACUAAAAAAUGACACACGUGUUUAUCUGCAUGUUCUUCAUGUCUCAUCCUCACAGACUCAGAUCAGUUCAGAUCUCUCUGUGUCUCUCUCCUGUCAGCUGUAUUCAUAUCCUCGACUCUCUUGUGAUGAAUGGAUCCGUUCUGAGAAGAUUCAUCUGUUCUGGGUGAAUCCGGCUGGUGUUAAACUGAAUAUAUCAGACUCCAGAUAUCAGAUAUCAUCCUCAUCAGAUCCCUGUAUCAUCUCUCUGACUACAACACUCCUGAAUGAAGAUCCCAACAGAGAGUGGAGAUGUGAAGUUACUCACAGAGAUCAAGUCAAGAAGAGUUCAGCUCCAGCUACAACAACGACAGCAGUCCCAGACUCUCAGGAUACUACAGUGAUAGUGAUUUCUGCUGCCGCUGCGGCCGCUGUUUUCCUGACUGCUGUUCUCUGGCUGAUCUGCAGAAAAAGAGCUGGUAAUAAAAGAGGGAUCGGUGAAUCGGUGGUCAAAGAUGAGAAUGAAGAUAAAGUGACGUAUGAGACGAUCAACAUGUCCACUCCUGCUGCUGCGAGAGACAAUGAGCAGACAGAUGAUGUGACUUACUCUGAAGUCUCUUCUUCCAGUAAAAAGCCAGUGAAAUCAGUCAAAGAUCAAGAUGAUUCAGUGACUUACGCUGCCAUCAGAGGAACACAAAAUGAGCCGCUGGGUGAACUUUACGCCUCUGUGAACAAGAACAAAUAAAGAUUCAUGAUACAGAUCAGUGCAUGAGCUCCUCACAUCAGCAGCAGAUGUGACGCUUCCACCAUUGAUGAGAUUCAUCAUAUAUGUGGAAGAGUUAUAUAAAACGUAUCUCAGAUAUUUCAACCAAAUGCAGAAGAAACUACU